UCUCCAAAUGAUGGAAGAUCUAACAAAAAAUAUAAUAUUUACAAAUGCUCUUGGAGCAAAUGUACAACCAACCACAAUACAAUAUCAGACGGCGGAUGGUACCAUUAUCAAGCAACCGAAAAUUGAGGGACAAAAGGAUCAACCGACAUUCUAUUAUACCACAAAUGGCAAUGGCACCACCGUAAAUCUGGCCCAAUUGACCACCGAUGAUAGCAAAACCUGUUACAUUGCCCAGCCAGUGGGUGGGUAUAAUUAUGCCUUGGUUAAUGGCAUGCAAUUGAAUCAAUUAAAUCAGGGUGGUACAAUUGGUAUUGCCACCUUGGAUCCCCAGGGAAGGAUACAGAUUGUCAAUCAAAAUAAACCAUUGGCGGCGUCCCUCCAAACCAUCUCACCCAUACAGAAUACCAUCUCAAAUAUUAGUUUUAAAUGUGACGUUUGUGGUCUAAUGUUUUCCCAUUUGGCUUUGCUUAAUCAUCACAAGCGUAGCCAUACUCAAGAUGGUACAGAUCAGCAACAUCAGCCUCAAGCAGAAACAAUACAGCUGGUUAAUGCCCAGGGUCUGGUGCAAACACAAAAUAUCAUCACGGAAAAUGGACAAAUGGGACAAAUACAAAUUGUGGCCACCGAGGCUUUAGAACCGGCCACAGCGGUAUUGCAACAGCAGACAACACAACUGCAACAACAACAACAACAACAGCAGCAUCAACAACAUCAUCAGCAACAGUCACAGCAACAACAAAAUGCCAAUGAAGUUUUAAAUCAAAACUCCGGUGGUACCAAAAGCUUAAAAUUGGAACAAAGUAAAUGUACCACCUGCGGCAAUCAAAUCCUCCAACCCGUCAAACGUAAAGGACCCAAAAUAACACGCUGUGAUAACUGUAUACAAAAUGAACAAGCACAACAGCAAGCUGCGGCCGCAGCUGCAGCCCUGGCCGCACAACAAGUUCAACCCACCCAGAUAUUUGUAGCCCCAGAUGGUGAGAUUAAAUUUGGUAUGAAUGAAUUGGCCAGUGGGAAUUCUGAAUCAUCAAUGGAUUCUCUAAGUGGUGGGGCGGGAGGAGGAGGUGGUACCACCAUGAUCCAACAACCGGUACAAAUUAUUUCAACAAAUGCCCAGGGUCAACAGCAAAUACAAGUGGUAACAACCCAACAGCCAGCACCAAUUAAUAACAACACCAACUCCUCCUCAUCUGCCUCCUCGGCCAAUACAGGCGCCAUUAUCAAGCGGGAAAGUUGUUCACCCAAAAAGAAAUGUUCCUCGGCCAAGGUGACAAAAUGCAAUAAAUGUAAUGGUUCCGGUAUGGUCUAUGUGGGUACAGGAGCCCCCGCUUCGAAGCAAAACUCAAAUCAGGCGGCGGUGGCCACCGUUAAGACAGAAAAUGUCAAACCUUUCACCUGCAACAUUUGUGGAGGCACCUUUUCACGUUACUCCAGCCUGUGGUCGCACAAAAAAUUGCACAGUGGCGAAAAGAAUUACAAAUGUACCAUUUGUGGUCUGGCCUUUGCCAAGGCGGUUUAUUUGAAAAAUCAUGCCCGCAUUCAUACAGGAGAAAAGCCAUAUAAGUGUCAAACAUGUGGCAUGCAAUUCUCGCAAUCACCCCAUCUGAAAAAUCACGAACGUACGCACAGCGGUGAACGACCCUAUGUGUGUGAGGUAUGUGAUAAAGGUUUUGCCCGCCAUGCCACCCUAUGGAAUCAUCGCCGCAUACACACCGGCGAAAAACCCUAUAAAUGUGAUAUUUGCGGUACAGCCUUCUCACAGGCGGCUCAUCUCAAAAAUCAUGCCAAGGUUCAUUCGGGUGAGAAACCCUUUAAAUGUGAUAUUUGUUUAGCUGCCUUUGCCGAUCGUUUUGCCUUGAAACGGCAUCGUGGUAUACAUGAAAAAUAUGGUCAAACAGCACCACGACAACCGGCCCAGGUUCCCGGAUCACAACAACAGCAGCAACAGCAUGAUUCGUCAGAUCAAAUGAUGCACAAACAGGAAAUGCCCGAUAUGGAGGAUGAUGCUCAACAUGAGGUGGUUAUAACUGGUUUAUAGACAAGCCCAAAUAGAGGUGUAGUUUCCACAGCAACA